CCGACCCACGGAGCCAGGCCAGGGAUCGAACCUGCAUCCUCAUGGAUACUAGUGAUUCUUGCCACUAUAAACCAGCCCGUUUCCCUGAUUUCUGUCUCCUGGCCGCUGUCACUGUCAUUCUGAGGACCUAACCUGCAGGGAUGUACUUGGGCUCUGUCUCGUGCCACCGGGAAGGCUUCACCUGCACCUGGGGCCAGGCUGCGCGGCCACCAUCUCGGCCCGAAGGAAAGGCCCCGGGGGUUGGGGGCAGGCUGCCCGCUGUUCUCACCAACCUCCUCUGUCCACAUCAGUAUCACCUCCCGGGUCGGUACCAAGGUUAAGCAGAGUGCCGCCCAUGUGGGAAGGAGGAGCCGGGCUGGGCUCCGGUUCUGGGCCUCCUGGGAGGUCCAGCCUUGGGUCCCAGCAACGCCAGCCCCCGAUUCUGCUGGACCUGCGGGAAUUCCUGGGAAUCCCCAGGAAUAUUUGCAAACCACAUCAGCGUGGACCUUCUGUAGACCUCAGAGCAGUCUCCCCCUCCCCACGAGGGCCGCGUCUUUGUGCUGUCAGGUCGCCUGCCAUGAAGACAAGUGUUCACCAGGACACAAAGCCACGUCCUGCUGUCCCGACCGCUGUUCCAGAAGCGCCUCAGCCUUGUGCGGCCAAGCCCCAGUGCUGUGGUGUGAAUUACUUCACUCUGCAAGGAGAAUUCAGGCCUUCACCUCCGAAGACUCCAGAAGGAAGACAAAUGAAACAGCAGUGGAAUCUGUUCUCCGAGCUGAUGUGGCCCAGUCCUACCAGCUUUGGCUGCAACGUUUCCCGCAACAGCCACAGCAGAGCCACGCGGCCAGAUGACCCAGAGUCACUGCAGGGUGUGUGUUUACUGCAGCCACACCCGCUCCAGCUGGACCUUGUCCCCCUGGACAGCACUGAUCAAUGCAGCUUUAUUGUGUUAAAAUUCUCAAGACCAAAGGAGAGUUUUGGGACAGACAGCACCUCCCUCGAGGUCAGUCCAUGGGAAGCCAAGGAAAAAACAAAACCACACUGCAUUCAGACCGCAGAACGUGCUGGAAAAAUGGGCAAAGGACGGAGGCUCGUCAUUUCUAAGGACCCAUCCACACCCAAAAGGAAUUUAGCAGCCUCAUUAUCCCAGACUGAACACGAGCGAGUCACUGGCAGCCUAGCCGUCAAGGUCCGGUGUCACUGCUGCGGCGAGGGCUGUUGCUGUGGCUUGGGGUCGAUCCCUGGCCCGUUAACAUCCACGUGUCUCAGGAAUGGCUGAAAAAAACAAAACCCUGAAAACUGGCAGAGUU